AUGAGUGGCCGCGAUGACAAGGCCCAACGGUAUAUCGCCUUGUUGGACGAUGCUCGCGUAGAUGCGAAGUGGUCCGAGCUGCCGGAGCUCAUUAGGAAAGUCACGAAGCAUGCGCCGCAGCGAAAAUGCUUGAUUCACACCGCUACUCUCGAACACGAGGUUGUGAACACAAAGAUCGCGGCUACAUCUCGACCGACGACAGCAAGUACAGCAAGAACACCACUCGCUUCCCGUAUAACAGACGUCGAGAAAGAAAUCGAGGCCGGCUCGGAGAUAAACAGUGAGACGAUACAAGCGCGUGCUGCCCUUCUCUGGGCAUACUGGGUGGCACCUGAGCAUCAAGGGCUCUCAGACUCUUUACUCUGGUCAGAGACUCCCAAUACAUCUGAUCGGUCGUUAUGGACCAAUAUCUGCAUCGCGAAAUCGGCAUAUAUGAGAGGAGCCAUUCUACGGAGCAAGGAGAAGCCCGCAGAAGCUGCCCAGGCCUUUCAAUCCGCUAUUCCAUGGAUCGAGGCGAAUAAAGCGAACAUCACCGCGACCGCACAGCUGUCCUAUUGGGUUGAGCAACUGCUGGCAGAAGUUGCAAUCGACCGAAGCCGCGUGCUCUCGAAAGGCAGUAUAGACGCCUCUACAAACUCGUAUUUUCGAAGUUGGUCAUUGUUAUCGUUAAAAGGAAGACCUCACUCUCCGCGCACAUAUGGAAACCCUGGUUCCCAGAGAAGCAGGCUGUCCGUAUGGAAUGCCUACUACUCUUACCUUUCAGACAUAAUUCAAGCGAGCUCGAACGAGCUACCACGCCAUGAGCUGGUCACUGAGCUCCGACGCGUCGAGGCGGCAUACGAGAAUGAGCUACUGAACAACACGCAAUUUCCUAAAGCCGGCGCGUCCAAUGCCGUCAUCGAGCAAUGGGUCGAGCAAGCUACGACAAACUGGGAGGUAAUUUGUGGUUCCGACUGGUCUGAACAAGAUAUUGGAGAGGGAGGGCGAAACCUGAUCACGCGAAAUGUUCUUGACAUUCUCUAUCGGGCUGCGAUGAAAACCUUCCACUCGACACUGAUCUUACGGAAGCUGUUUCAGACGCAUAAAGCACUCGCUGAGUUCGAUCUUGCAUAUCGUGCUCUUGAUAGCUAUCUUGAGCUCAUAGAUCGGGGUCGUGAACGUGCUGCCCGUACGCAGGAACCUCAGGACCAAGACAACGAUGAGACUGUGCUUCUUACCAUCUCAGAGGGAGUCCUAGGUCUCUGUUCUUUUGGCCAGCAGGCCGAGGCCGAGAAAGCACAUGUCCUCUGCACGAAACUCCAGUCGCUGUUCACUGAAAGUGACCCUACGGCGUCUACUCUUCCCGGACAACAGCUGGAGUUGAAUGGCUUUCAUCACAGAGUACACGAAGUCAUCGAACUUCCACCUACAACUAUCGAAACGGUACAUCGAGCUCUAGGUAUAGGCAAAGCACAUUGGGCAAGAUGGACUCCGUUCAACGAGCAUCGCACAAAUCUGCAGUCGUCAGCAGUCGCGCACCUGAAAGCAGCCAUCGCGCAGCCUUUGAGCACGUCCCAGAAGCAGCAGUCUUUCUUUGCACUCGGUCUGUUACUGGCCGAAACACGAGAUAUCGACACGGCUGUGGACUACGUUAAGGAGGCCUUGGCGGACAGGAUUGACUCGACGUCGGAUUUCUAUCUGCAAGAACGCAGAUUCCUUCCUCUUUGGCAUCUACUGUCGCUCCUAUUGACCUCGCGACAAGACUAUGAGACUUCGAGCAAGGCAUGUAUUGCAGCCUUUGAGCAAUUUCCCGGCCCCGAGAUCUUGUUCGGGUCGAGCCGGCAUAUCGACGAGGAAAAGCAUGCCUCGCCAAAUGGCUUGGUAGAUGAUAUGGAAUGUGCCGAGCUUCAGCGCAUUCUGGAAGUCCGAAUGACCGAGUUGGCUCUGACUGAUCUGACCGAGGGCCCUGAGGAUGCUGUGAAUAGCAGCAAUGACCUGCUGGCUCUUUAUUCGCGCCUGUUCGGCCGUUUGGGUGUCACUGCCGAAGAGAAGGCUGCCGAAAAACCAUCCGAAGUCCCGAAGACCUCUGCCGGAACUAUCAAGUCUUUCAGAGGCAGCCUCUUCAGGCGAAGCCGGAUUAUCUUGAGCGAGGCUCAAUCUGUAAGGACCAAUGGGGUGGCAGCUUCUAUCAACACUGAUACGACACGCCCUACUACCCGUGCCACCGAAGCUCCAACCAUUCACGUCACCGACGAAGAUGAGAAGUCCUCGCCACACAAACACCGUCUGUUCCGACACUCGCACGAACACAAUCGCAAAGGUCGUCUGUCCUCCGACUCUCACAGCACCUCUUUGUCAUCUCGACUCCGUCCUCAUUCCAAAGAACGCAGACCUUUACCGGUUCCUUCCACCAUCGCCAGCUCCCGGCAGUCUUUUGAGACUGGUGUUUCUGCUCAACCAUCCUCAACAGGUUCGGUCGAGACCGCCCGCCCUCAUCUUGAGACUAUUCAAUCCGUUGAUACCGUCCCAGCGCCACAGCCCCCAACCUCUGCUACCCACAAUGCUGAAGCCUCCGCCAAGCAGCCGAUUGGCGAGAUUCCGCACAACGUCACCUCUCACAGCGAGGCCCCGCCUCCAUUGCAACACUCGGAACAGCCGCCUGAGCAGGACACACGCAUGCCUACCAUUUCACCCACAAGCGCUUCUACUAGCCUCGUUCCUCGCUUCCCCUUGGCCGCCGCUAAGAAGCAUGCCCUCGCUAUACUAGUGUCCAUCUGGCUUGUGAUUGCACGUCUCUAUCGGCACGCUAACAUGUAUGACGAUAGUCGCGAGGCCACGGACGAGGCCGCCAAGGCUGCUCUCAAGAUCGAGGCCCUCGUGGCGACAACGGUGGAGAGCAGCGCGCGCGCAUUUGCAGACUCGAGCUCUGGGAGCGGUGGCAAGAGCAGCGAUGAGUGCUGGGCAGACGUAUACUGUGAGCGCGGUGAGCUUCUCCUCGCUGUCGCAGAAGCGAAAUUCGACUCCUCUGUGACAGACCCCGCGCAGACUUCUGCAACUGCGACUGCGGAGCGAGAUGAGACCGUCAGAGACGCAGUGGAGAUGCUGGAACAGGCGCUCAUGUACAAACAGACCCAUCUUCGCACUGGCAUUGUUUUGAGUAACGUUUUGCUCGAUUACUAUGAGCGCAAGGUCGAGCUGGGACGCGGUGGCAACGACGAUGAGGGUGUCCUACGAAAGUUUGGAGCUGUUAUUCCCAAGGACAUGCCAAAGAAAGAGCGCGAGCGCGAGCGCAAGCACGAGAGGACCGAGACCUCACUGUCAAUCACCACUAUCAACGGCAUCAACACCGUCGACGGGGUUCCUGUAUCAACACCGGAAAAGCUCGCGGACGACGACCUUAAGAAGACGCCGGAGAAUCUGAACCGCCUGGCUGCGAGGGAUCGCGCGUAUGGGCUGCUCAGCUCGUUGACGAAGACGGGCGAAGGGUGGGAUGAUAGUGAAGCGUGGUUCGCCCUCGCCAGGGCGCAUGAGUUGGGUGGCGAGGUGGAACGGGCCAAGGAGAUCCUGUGGUGGGUUGUCAGCUUGGAGGAUACCAGGCCGUUGAGGAAGUGGAGUUGCGUGAGCUUUGGAUACGUCUUGUAG